AUGGGAAUCACUCUCUCUAAAUUUCGAAAAGAUAAAGGCGCUGGUUUUGAUGCAACCUCACAAUAUCUUUACACACUUACUGGUAAAGCCAAAGUAUAUGAUCGUGAGCAAGAAAAUCUUGCUCUACGGCAUAACAUUGUGAGGGAAAUUUUUAACUCAAAUCUUCUAUCUCCUAUUCAUUCUGAGUUAAAAUCUGGUGGGCUGAGGGUGUUAGAUGUCGGACCAAAAAACGUGGAUUUUGUUACUGCAAAUGUUAUUGAUGGACUACCAUUUGGCGACAAUUCAUUUGAUUUUGUUUAUGUUCGAAAUAUGGCUUAUGAUAUACAAGAAAGCCAGUGGAGUUCUUUAAUUAAAGAAUGCACCCGAGUUUUGAAACCCGGAGGCUAUAUUGAGAUAACCGAAGCGGAACUGCGUGCAUUAAAUUGUGGCCCUCUUCUAAAAAAGUUAUCAAAAAAAUUCUUUGAUUACAUUCUCUCUACAAAGGUAAACUUAUUAAUUUCCGAAAAAAUCGAAGAAAUCUUGAAAUCUACAAAUAAAUAUCACGAUAUUAUUGAUCAUCAUCAAAGACCAUUUGCCCUUGGAUGCUGGCCUACUCAUUUGAAAGAUGCAUAUAGAACAUACUCUCUCGAUGUAUUUCGUUCCGUUAUAAAAUUUUCUGACGUAAAGGAAAAAGAUUACGAUCAAACGGUACAAAAACUUAUGAGUGAAGCCAAUUCAUAUAGAACCCAUUUUUUUAUACAUAAAUAUCUUACACAAAAGAUUGUAGCUUGA